CGCGCGGCCGCCCCGCCGCCUCCGAUUCCCUGUUGUGCGGCCCGAGCCCGGCGGCCCCUGCGUGCCGAGCCGCCGCCGAGUGCAGGUUUGUCACCUACUCCAGAGAGAGAGUCGAAACGAUGUCCUACGUGUUUGUCAACGACUCCUCGCAGACCAACGUGCCGCUGCUGCAGGCUUGCAUCGAUGGAGACUUCAACUACUCCAAACGGCUGCUGGAGAGCGGCUUUGACCCCAACAUCCGAGACAGCCGGGGCCGCACCGGCCUCCACCUGGCUGCAGCCAGGGGCAACGUGGACAUCUGUCAGCUCCUGCAUAAAUUCGGUGCUGACCUCCUAGCCACUGAUUACCAAGGUAACACAGCCCUUCACCUGUGUGGCCAUGUGGACACCAUCCAGUUCCUCGUGUCUAAUGGACUUAAAAUUGAUAUCUGCAACCACCAAGGUGCAACGCCGCUGGUUCUCGCCAAGCGCAGGGGCGUGAAUAAAGAUGUGAUUAGACUGCUGGAGUCUUUAGAGGAGCAAGAGGUGAAAGGAUUUAACAGAGGAGCUCACUCCAAGCUGGAAACCAUGCAGACUGCUGAAAGUGAAAGUGCCAUGGAAAGCCAUUCCCUCCUUAAUCCAAACCUGCAGCAAGGUGAGGGAGUUCUCUCCAGCUUCCGCACGACAUGGCAAGAGUUUGUGGAAGACCUGGGCUUCUGGAGGGUGCUGCUGCUCAUCAUUGUCAUUGCUCUGCUCUCCCUUGGGAUCGCCUACUAUGUUAGUGGGGUGCUUCCUUUUGUAGAAAACCAGCCUGAGCUGGUGCACUGAAGCCAACGCAGAGAAGUGCUCUGUGCUUCCCCCUGAUCUUACUCCCAGCUCCUUCGAAUUCUCCUCUCGGUGCAGGCAGUGGCAGCUGUAUCUGCUGAUUGCCUUUCCUACCCUUUUGAAAGAGGCAUUCAUUCAUUUCAAGUAAAACACUACAUUCUAAAACAUUCCUAAGCUACCUCUGACUUAACCUUGAUUUGCAAGCGAGAUGGGAAGAUAAUCCUCUCUGACGAUAAACUGUUUCAUGAUUCGGAAAGGCCCUUUCAUAAUGAAUAUUAAAUUUCUGGGCACGAAGGAAACAUCCUAGUAGAGACCCAAAUUUGAUUUAUUUUGCCUGUGGAAAGAGGUACAUCUGUUAUUGGCUUCUUUUGUGUGUGUGUUUCACUUGAAAGAAAUAAAAGUGCUCCUCAAAAAAACCUGAAUAAUCCCAGAACUCAUUCUAAACUUCAUAGCUCCUUUAAUGCCUCCCCCUAAUUUCCUGUCUGCUAGCUGAUAAAAAGAAUGAGAGCUAGCUGAAGUUUUGCCGUGUCUAUACUGUAUAGAUGACUCCUUUGUUAGGUUAAUGUGCUGUUUCUUCCUCGGAUGGAUUCUGUGCUGUUAAUAGCUGCCUGAGUACAUCUUGUGGGACAAAGCCGGCUGUUGUGCUUUGGCGGUGAGGUUGCUUCAGCCUUAGGCUGAGGUGUAGCGUUUUGGGUGAAUUGUUACUAAGAAAACCUUUCUUUGUUGGGGUGGUUAAGAAGUGCUUUAGGUGUUCUGCUCUGUAUAUAAUGACACUGUGAGGCCAUUGUCUUUGUGAAACAUGUAAUGAAGGAUCACUUUUUCUUCCUCCCACCAGGACCUGACUGAAACAGAUAAUUGUGUUGCUCUCCUGUUUGUGGGGAGGACUGGGCUGAACAGAAUUCCUCUCUAGAGCUGCUUUGCAUUUCGGUUGUUUGCCGAUAGCAGCACAGGCUCGGGACCUGAGCAUGCAGAAUAAAAGUGUUUCAAAUGUUACUAUUUGGGAACAUUGUGUGAAAUUCAAUCCUGGCCUGGUCUGUACUUAGCUGUGAAAUCUUUUGUAAAUCAUCUAGGGUUAGAACUCUUUUGAAGACCAGAAGGGUACUGCAUGUAGUAAGUUGGAGGGUUUUGAAGCAAGCAGAUCAUCCUCUCCCAUGCUGAUUUGACAUCUGACUCCCUUUGUUCCCAUUGCCUUGAAAAUCCCAGAAAAGAGGAAUUCUGCAAACCUAAUGAAUCUUUCUUAUCUUAGCCACUCCUAAAUUAUUGCUGAAUGGCAUCAAACAUUUAUAAAGUUAAAAGUUGCAAUAAAUAGUGAUAGAAGUAAGCCCCAUCUCUGCUCUGAUACCACAUGUGUUUCGGUCCUGUCUGUGGGUCUGAGUGAGGAGGGUUCUUGUCCUUGGUGUGUGACAGGGGCUUGACUGGGCUGGGCCUCCUUCUCAGCUGCAUCAGGAUAAUUCUUGAGCUUGCUUCUUGAGACAGAGUUUAAUGAAAUGAUACUUUCCUAGGAGCCACAAUGCCACAGGAAGGAAAGCCUCUUAUGAAGAGCACACCAAACCAACCCCAGAGCAUACACUUGAAUAUUUCAGUCAUCCUACAUCUGGUGGUAAACAGAGGAGUACCAACUCAUAGCAUAUCUAAAAUGCCAUUUAAUCCUCUACAGAAGCACAUCUCAGUUAAUACUCCUGUUGCUGUUGAGUCUGUAUUGCCUGCAGAACAUGUAAUUGUGUUCUCAGUCUGGGUGAAUGGCACAAAUAAAGAUCU